AUGGCUAGAUACGGUGCUACCUCCACUAACCCAACCAAGUCCGCCAGUGCUCGUGGCUCCUACUUGCGUGUCUCUUUCAAGAACACCAGGGAGACUGCUCAAGCCGUUAACGGUUGGGAGUUGACCAAGGCUCAAAAAUACUUGGCUCAAGUUUUGGAACACCAAAGAGCUAUUCCAUUCAGAAGAUUCAACAAGUCUAUGGGUAGAACCUCUCAAGGUAAGGAAUUUGGUGUUACUAAGGCUAGAUGGCCAGUUAAGUCCGUUUUGCACGUUCAAAAUUUGGUUCAAAACGCUGCAGCUAACGCUGAAUCUAAGGGUUUGGACGCCACUAAAUUGUACAUCUCUCACAUCCAAGUUAACAAAUCCCCAAAGCAAAGAAGAAGAACUUACAGAGCUCACGGUAGAAUCAACAAGUACGAAUCUUCUCCAUGCCACAUUGAAUUGGUUCUUACUGAAAGGGGGGACGCCGUCUCCAAGGCUGCUGAAAAGAACGUCGCCAGAUUGUCUUCCAGACAAAGAGGUAGAAUCGCCGCUGAAAAGCGUAUCUCUGCUUAA